AUGAUUCAACUUACCAAGGAUGGAAGGAAAUUCCUAAAAGAUUGCCCUAACUUUCUUGGAGUCGAAACAGGAAAUCUAGGAAAAUGCUUCAGGAAAUAAAAAAUGGAAGCCAGCUUGAAAGCUUCAAUUCCAUAUUUGAGUCAUCUCUUUGAAUAUACAAAAUAAUCCUCAGAGGUUCCAUCUCCAUGACUCACGACCAGGAUAGUCAACUGCUUAUUAAUUCUUUAUUCACUUUUGUAUUUCAGCUUUGAAUAUUCUUCAUUUUUCUAAUGUGUUCUUCCUUUACUCCAAUGACUUUCCCUUUUGUCUUGCGUUUCAUAAACCAAGUACACUAUUGCCUUGAGACAUUUUGAUUGAGCUUUGUACAGAAAUUGAGGUUGGAUUUCAAAAUGGGUAACCUGAGAUUCAUGUUGAUGGCUACGAAAACAAGAAAAGUUGGUUAAAUUUUAAGUUUGGUCCAUGAACGGCUAGGUUUAUGUCUAUCUGGUCYCGUAUUUUAAAAUCUUUUUCCCUAAAYUUUUGAUUUUGUGUCUAAUAGGCUUCUAUUAUUAACUCUAUCAGGCUUAACGCUUUUAUGGCAAUCUAACAUAUAUUUAAGRAUUGAGUGGUAGGCUGAUUUCGAGUCGGUGAUGUAGUCCUUAAACUGAUGCAGGAGUUAACGCAAGGAUCUAUUAGACACAAAUUAAAAGAUCCUAUUAAAAACCUUUUAAAGUACAAAGAUUGUGUAGAUUAUUCGAAACUUUAAAGUUUAUGGACUAGAUAGACACAAUCGUAAUAGUUUAGGGCCAGAAAGUUUUUAAAGAAAGUUUGAGCAAAGGCGAAAAUGUUGGGAUUUAAACCUAUUUGCUUCCAUGUAUUUCUCAGUAAUUCAUGUUCAUUGAGUUGUUUAAGGAGGUUGGAAAGAGAUGGAUUGUACAAAUAGGAAAUGGGUGUCUCUGAUAUAUGUUUGUAUUGAUAAAGGAUUUGGAAAUUUCUGGUAUACUUUUGAGCUUCACCAUGCAUUGGAGGGGGCCCAUGGCCAUAUUAUUACAGUCUGAACACUUGUAAUGACAAUCUCAAACUGCUAUUAAAUAAUCUCUGUCUUCCAUGGUGGUUAGAAUUUAAUGUUGAUUGUCAAGAUUUGAACUCAUUAUUCUAGGCAGAGUCAAAACUCUCAGAGGGAAUGGUCCAUGCUACCAACUUGAAAUCUUAUAAUUUCCUUGUCAUUUGGAUUCUAUUAUAAGAGUGGAAUUUUCCUUAGUUGGCAAGAAAAAUAUAAAGAAAAGGAUAGGGGUUUCAUACUGCAUAUAUAUUGGACAGGAGAGAGCAGAGCCUUUAGCUUAUACCUCUCAUGAAAAAUGGGAAAGUUUCUCUUUCUGUUUUCCUUUUUGUUGUUUUCGCUGAUAGUUUCUGGAAAGCAUGAAACUGAAAGAAACACGAACUCAACGAUGGAGGAUAGUGGAAAGGGCAGAAUAGGGGCCAUUGUAGACAAGGGUUCCAGGAUUGGUAAGGAAGAGAUUUUAGCUAUGCAGAUGGCUUUAGAAGAUUUUAACUCCUUCAGCAAUCAAAAUUUCAGUCUUGUCACCAGAGACUCCAAAAGUGAUCCCAGCCUGGCAGCUCUUGCAGCUAAAGAUCUGAUCAGUAUGCAACAAGUUCAGGUUCUUAUAGGACCGGAAACCUGGGAAGCAGCAUCCAUAGUUGCCGAGGUUGGAAGUGAGAAUCAGAUUCCAGUUCUGACAUUAGCUAAUGAAAUACCAAAGUGGGCAAAUGAGAGGUUCAAAUUUUUGGUCCAGGCUUCUCCCUCCGAGUUAAAUCAAAUGAGCGCUAUAGCUGCUAUUAUUGGUUCGUGGGAUUGGCAUCUAGUCAAUGUCAUAUAUGAAGAUAGAGAUUUAUCGACCACCGGAAUAUUUCCUCACCUUGUGCAUUCCCUCAAAGAUGUAGGAGCUGAAGUAAGUGAAUUUGUUGGCCUCUCACAGUUUGAUUUUGAUUUAUUUUCCAAAGAACUAGAGAGGCUAAGAAGAGGGUCAAGCAGAAUUUUCGUAGUUCAUAUGUCGUCCAAUUUGUCACUGCAUCUGUUUGAGAUAGCAAAAGAGUUGGGAAUGAUGGGAAAAGAGUAUGUUUGGAUCACUACUGAUUCUUUCACAAGCCUUGCACAUUCUUUCAAUGUUUCUAUCAACUCUUUACUUCAAGGAGUUGUUGGAGUCAAGAGCUACUUCCCAGAAAUCAAUCCUCAAUUUCAUGAUUUUUAUCUUCGGUUCAGUAGAAGGUUUAGAUUAGAGUAUCCUGAUGAGGACAAUCACGAGCCUGGUAGUUUUGCAGUCCAUGCUUAUGAUGCUGCAAGAGUGGCAGCUAUGGCAAUGAGUGAAGUCCAAGAAAAGGGUCAUCACGUGUUGGAAAAGAUCAAGCUCACUGAUUUUCAAGGACUUGGUGGAAAGAUUCAGUUUAAGGACAGAAAAUUAGCCCCAGCGGAUACUUUUCAGAUUAUCGAUGUGAUGGGGAGGAGUUAUAGGGAACUAGGCUUCUGGUCUGAUAAAAUAGGCUUCUCACAAGAGUUGGGGGAACUUUCGUCUUCUAGCUUGUCGAUGAAGGAUCUCGGCCAAGUGUUUUGGCCAGGUGGAUCCUCAGAUACUCCGAAGGGAUGGACCAUACCAACAGAUGGCAACACAUUGAGGAUUGGCGUGCCAACUAGUUCCAUGUUCAAACAGUAUGUUCAUGUGGAAAAAGAUCACACAGGAAACAAUUUAUCCUUCAAUGGACUUGCAAUUGAUCUGUUUAAAGCAACCUUAGACAACCUGCGCUUCCCUCUGCUGUACCAGUUCUAUCCUUUCGAUGGACCGUAUGAUGAUUUAGUGGAGCAAAUCUACUUGAAGAAAUUAGAUGCAGCCGUAGGCGAUAUAGCAAUAAUAUCACGACGCUAUGAACAUGCGGAAUUUACACAGCCCUACUCUGAAUCAGGACUUGUGAUGAUAGUUCCUGCCACGAAAGACACAAGUAAUAGAGCAUUGUUGUUCACAAAGCCCUUUACGGUGACCAUGUGGAUUGUAAUUGCUGUGGUAAACGUCUACAAUGGAUUUGUUGUAUGGCUCAUAGAACGGAAUCACUAUCCCGGACAUGACGGUUCAAUGUUUAAUGUAGCUGGAACCUUGAUUUGCUCAUCCUUCACCACUCUCUUCUCCUUACAUGGUAGUAUGUUGCACAGUAACUUGUCGCGGGUGACCAUGGUGGUUUGGCUAUUUGUGGCACUUGUGAUAACUCAGAUAUACACAGCCAAUCUUACCAGCAUGCUCACUAUUCAAAAGCUCGAACCGACUGUAACAAAUAUCGAAACUCUCCAAAGAGCGAAUGCUUUAGUUGGAUAUGGCAGAGGGUCCUUUGUUGCAAGAUAUUUGAAGGAAGUUCUACACUUUCGCCCUGAAAACAUUAAAAACUACUCGACACCUGAUGAUUAUGCUGAAGCUCUCAGAAACCAGGAGAUAGCAGCUGCUUUUCUUGAAGUGCCUUUUGUAAAAAUAUUCCUGGCAAGAUUUUGCAAUGAAUUUAUGGUUUCCGGGCCAACCUMCAAARUCGGAGGAUUUGGAUUUGCAUUCCCGAGAGGCUCUCCGCUGUUAACCGAUGUUAACGAAGCGCUGCUUAAGGUAUCUGAAACUGGGAAGUUUAGAGAUUUGGAGGAUAGCAUGAUUGCUAAUGAGAAAUGUGAGAGUGUGGAAGCAAAAGAUGAAAGUCCAAGCCUCAGCCCCAACAGCUUCUUCAUACUAUUUGUACUAAGUGGAGGAGUAUCAACAAUAGCCCUCACUUUGUACAUCUUUAAUGCUCAUAACUCAAGUAGUCUUCAACACAACACCAUCUGGAGAUUAAUGAUAGCUGUAAUGAAACACUGGGGAAAGCACAGGAGGCGAUUUUCUCGGCAGGUAAGCGAAGAGCCACAAACUGUCUCGAAUAACUUCUCGCACGCGACAAACUUGCAGAUUCUAGUCUAGAAAACUCUACUGAAUUUUCCAUGCCAUUGGCCUAUGAGAUGGAGAAGAAAGUGGUUUGCAGUAGUUUAUAGUGUUAGAAGAAGACUAAAAAGAUGAGGUAGCUCYACUUGAUUCAUUUGCAUUUACAAAGCAACAUAGGACYUGAAAGUUUUAGACAGGAAUAAAUGUAUAAAUUAAAUGUUUUUUUGUUUUUUAACCACAGAACAUAAAUAACAUGUCUUU